AUGCUCGUCGGUACAUAUCAUCAUCCACGUAUUGAACGUGAUGAAGCGUUCUGCUUACUUGGCGAGCACGACGCCACCAGAAUUCGAUACAUAUUUUCUCAUAUGUACAAAUACGACUUCUCGAAAUGUCUAUAUCAGUUGAAGGUGGGCGUGGCUGUGAAUUCAGUGCAGUUUGUCGUAGCAGCCAUUGAAGUGUUACUCAACGUGCUCUCUGCCGUCUUAUGCAUGAAGCGAACAUGCACGUGUAUGUGA